ACGCUCCAUCCUUCCACUUAAUCUGAAAACCAAACGGCAGGCGAACAAGAUAAUAGACGCUUAACUGACUUCAGACCGCCGCCGCCAGGCUGUUUUCGCCAUUCCGGUCCCAAAUUCUCCAGCUUGACAAGCCAUGGCUGUCCUCUUUGCUCAGUCCACUCUCUUCAGCCGAGCUUCCUUCAGUCUUCUACGUUGCAAUGGAUUCACUCGACUCUCCUUCUCCUCCUUUUCUUCCUCUGCUGCUGUUUAUUCUCCACCUCUCCCUAAAACAAAGAAGCACUGUCAGCCUGUUGUCUCUGCUCUUGAGCUUGGCGGCGUCAAAAUCUCUAGAGACGAUGUGGUGAGAGAUGAUCCAACAAACAAUGUACCAGACACGAUUUUUUCUAAGCUGGGAAUGCAGCUCCACAGAAGGGAUAAGCACCCGAUUGGGAUCUUAAAAAAUGCUAUAUAUGACUACUUCGAUUCCAAUUACACUAACAAGUUUGAGAAGUUUGAUGAUCUUUGCCCAAUCGUUUCCACAAAGCAAAAUUUUGAUGAUGUGCUAGUUCCCGCGGAUCAUGUAAGCAGAAGCUACAAUGAUACGUACUAUGUUCAUGCACAAACUGUCUUAAGAUGUCAUACAAGUGCUCACCAAGCUGAGCUGCUGAGGAAGGGUCACACUCAUUUCCUUGUAACUGGGGAUGUUUAUCGUAGAGAUUCUAUCGAUUCCACCCACUAUCCCGUGUUCCAUCAGAUGGAAGGAUUUCGUGUUUUCUCUCCUGAGGACUGGAAUGUAUCCGGCACAGAUGCCACAGCUUAUGUUGCUGAUGAUUUAAAGAAAUGUCUCGAGGGAUUGGCACGCCACUUGUUUGGGGCUGUGGAAAUGCGGUGGGUUGACACAUAUUUUCCAUUUACCAAUCCAUCUUUUGAGCUUGAGAUAUAUUUCAAGGAGGAGUGGCUGGAAGUUUUGGGCUGUGGGGUGACUGAGCAGGAAAUUUUGAAAAGGAAUGGGAAACUGAAUAAUGUUGCUUGGGCCUUUGGACUUGGAUUGGAGCGACUCGCUAUGGUUCUCUUUGAUAUCCCUGAUAUAAGACUCUUCUGGUCAAGUGAUGAACGAUUUACCUCCCAGUUUGCAAAAGGAGAGCUUGGUGUCAAAUUCAAGCCAUUCUCUAAGUAUCCUCCUUGUUACAAGGACAUGAGUUUCUGGAUCAAUGAAUCAUUCACUGAGAACAACUUAUGUGAAGUUGUCAGAGGAAUCGCUGGAGAUCUUGUUGAAGAGGUGAAGUUGAUAGACAAUUUCACCAAUAAGAAAGGGAUGACAAGCCAUUGUUACAGAAUCGCAUACCGUUCCAUGGAACGCUCUCUUACAGAUGAAGAGAUCAAUGGCCUUCAGUGGAAUGUGAGGGAGCAAGUGCAGAGCAAGCUCAAUGUUGUUCUAAGGUGAGACUGCCCCCCUUUCCAGUGAAGUUGCUGCAGAGAUGAUGAACAACAAGCUAGAUGUUGCAAACACAAUUCAUCUUUAGCAAAUUUUCUCUUGUUUUAUUUUGAUAUUGUCAUUGUAAUUUUAUUUUGGUGAUUUUCGAUCUCGGAUUCGAUGGUAUA